UAAUUUAAUUAAAAUCCUCCCUUCAUUUUCGGUGUCGCUACAAUCCAGCGAAAACUCCCCUCUUGUCACAACGCAGACCCACGAUGGACUUCUCCGUCAAACCUAACGGCGGCUCACCAUCUCCGUCAUCUUCAACCACCCCUCACCGUUUCAAACCCUCCGCCGCAACUGCCUCCGACCGAGAUCCGAUGCAUUCGUGGUGGGAGUCAGUCUCCAAGCAGCGCUCUCGCAUCCUCUCCCUCUCAUCUCUCCUCUCCGGCGGCGACGAAGCUCCGAUCUCCUCGCUAGCGGAUUCCGAUCGCCCAGCGCUGUCGCUACUCUCCUCGCGCCCCGCUUACUCCUUGAUCUCGGCUUCUCUCCGCGAUCCAUCCUCCGGAUCCGGUUCCGACCCGCUCUGUCAGUGGCUUUACGAGACUUACCUCUCCUCCGAUCAACCGCUCCGCCUCGUCGUCCUCUCGUUCCUCCCUUUACUCGCCGGGACCUACCUAUCUCGAAUCCACUCGUCGGACUCCUCCUCCCUCCCUUCCCUCUCCGGAUUCGAGGCCGUCCUCCUCGCUAUCUACGCCGCCGAGGUGAAAUCACGCGCCGGGAAAGGCGUACUCGUGCACAUCCCCGAUCUCUCUCAGCCGUCUCUCUACCACACGCCGCGAAACGGCGUUGAUAGAUCGCGUGAUUCCAACCACGUGGCCUCCGUUGGAGUCCUGUCGCCGCAGCUGGAGCCUCAGGUGGCGGUGAAGUCGACGAAACGCGCCGGGAUCGUCGGCGUGGGGAUGCAGUGCUACUUCAAGGAGGUCUCUCAGAUGCCGGCUUGGUCUAAGCUCGAGCUGUGUAGCUUAGCUGGCGCUUGGGCGGGUCAAGAUUGCGAUUGCAAGGAGAAGAUCGAUGGAGAGGGAGAUAAAGUCUUGGCGUUGACUAAUGGAUUUGUUGAUUCUUCGUCUUCUUUAAAUGGAAGCAGUGAGAUCGAGGCGGAGGAGGAGGAGGAGGAACAGGUUAUUAGCUCUAAUGGCGUUGGAGUUGGAGGAGGAGGUGUGAGGAUUCCACUUCCGUGGGAGCUGCUUCAGCCGAUUCUACGGAUUCUUGGUCACUGCUUGCUUAGUCCGUUGAAUAGUGAAGAUGUUAAAGACGCAGCUUCCAAUGCAGUGAGGUCGUUGUACGCAAGAGCUUCUCAUGAUUUGAACCCGCAGGCGAUUCUGGCUACGAGGAGUUUAGUUAGCCUUGAUGCAAGCGCGCGGGCCGCUGCGAAGACUGCGUCUGCGGAGAGUGUUGGUGGGUCGUCGAAUGUUAACACUCCAAGCAAGUCGAAGAAACCAGAGAUUCUUCUGUCAUCUAAGUGAGUUUUCGUUUGGUUGGUUUGUGUAUUGGUUGAAUAUGAGACAAAUGUAGAAUCAUUGUUGUAUAAUCAUAUGCUUGAGCUUGUUUUCAUUACUUUUGAGGAUGGAUUUGGUUUUGAUUUGGGAAAAGUUUGUGCGUAAAUUGAGAAAAAUGCUGGUAAUGAACUA